UGGGAGCGGGCGUCCAUUUUGCAUCGCCAUAUUGAAAUUGGUCGGACAUCUUUGGACGCCAUGUUUAGUCGGACAUAUUUUAUAAACAUUUUCGCGUAAAUUUCAAAUAUUUUUGAGCACUUAAUAUAAAACUUUUUUUCACUGAAGUGUGUGCCAUAGAUUGCAGUGAAAAUUGUCGGGAAAAAAAUCGUGCCUACGCAAUAAUUCAUAUUUGACUCCAGGGGGCCGUGCAGCUUUUGUUACAAUCUAAAUAAAGAUAAGCUCGGCCCUUCAGUUAAAUCAAGAUGAUGAAUCAGGAGAUAAUGUGUGAGGUGGAGAUAGGCUCGCAUGGUGGUAUGGCAGAAAUAGAUGGAGACGACCAAGUUGGUGUUAAGUAUGAGGAAAUAGAGACAGUACAGUAUGAAGAGUACAUAACAGAUGAUCAGUAUGAAGAAGUUGAGGAGCAAGUCAUUGGUAUGCAGCAUUUAGAAGAAGACUUUCACAUUUCAGUGGGAAGCGAAGAGGUCAUUUUGCCGGGUAUGCCGGGGGAUGAGGUCUUACACCAGGAAAACCUACCCUUCGACCCCGUCUACCACACCCCACCUUCAACAAGCAGAAGAGGUCGCGGCAGACCCCGAAUGAAUAUAGGUCAUACGAACAACAUACAACAUCUUAUGCCUAUAGGCGAAGUACCCAUGGGGCUAAUGGAAGGGAACACAGGCCGCGCUGCUCGCAGAUGGGAACAGAAGCAAGUCCAGAUCAAGACCAUGGAGGGAGAGUUCUCUGUAACUAUGUGGGCCACAGGGGAAGACGAUGAUGAUGGAUCAAAUCCAGAACCAGAUCCUGACUAUACAGAGUAUAUGACGGGAAAGAAAAAUAUUAUAGGAAAUGAAGCCAUGCCAGCUUAUUAUGUUCCAGGUUUGGACUUAUCGGACCCAAAGCAGUUAGCAGAGUUUGCUCGUCCUGGACACAAGAUCAGACUAAAGAAACCUUCCCCGGAAUCCUCUGACAGAACAAUAGCAUGUCCCCACAAAGGUUGUACGAAAAUGUUUCGAGACAACUCGGCGAUGAGGAAACACCUUCACACACAUGGGCCAAGAGUGCAUGUGUGUGCUGAAUGUGGCAAGGCAUUUGUAGAAAGUUCUAAGUUAAAACGACAUCAGUUAGUCCACACAGGGGAGAAACCAUUCCAGUGCACAUUUGAAGGUUGCGGAAAGAGGUUUUCAUUAGACUUCAACCUCAGAACGCACGUUAGAAUCCACACGGGCGACAGGCCUUACGUGUGUCCGUUCGACGGCUGCAACAAGAAGUUCGCACAAAGCACCAACCUCAAGUCGCACAUACUCACACACGCCAAGGCGAAGUCAAGAAACUCCCUAUCGCGCAAUGUUGGUACAAAUUACGAGUCAGCAAGAACUACACCACAAUUCGUCCAGUUGGAAGUGUCUCCAGACGAUUCCAACCCUCAACUAAUCUUCUACACCCACGAGUGAAACGAACUUGCGUGCACGCGCAUAUACAUCCGUGGAUGAACAUUAGUGAUAUGUGAAUAAUGGUGAUAGUGACAAAAGUUAAAUAUUUAGUGACAAAAUGUGUGAAAAUGACACUUGAUUGUAAUUUGAAGAGAAAGUUGCUAACACUACUUGGCCACAAAAUAUAAAAACUGUUAUUUUGUCAGCUGUUAGUGCCUGGCAUCAUUAUAUUUUCCUGUGGCGUGCAUGAUUGUGACUUGCAGACAAAUUGCAGUAGCCUUAGUAUAAGAUGUGCUCUCAUAAGGAUUCGUUUUCGCAAAUCAAACUGUAUCGUCCAAGUUAAAUGGGCCUAGCGUCACUCGUUUUAGAGUCAGAAAUUAUAUAGAUUUUUAUAUUCAAAACGUUCUGCCAAAGUCCUAUGUAAAGAACCGUAGGCAAAUUUGAGCUUUAAUACAAUAUAAAUAAGAUCCAUUUUACUCGGAUGUACAAGUAUUUUGAUUCUCAAGCAAAUCUUGCAGAAUUAAGCCUGGAAUACUCAUGCGACUCGAAAUGCUCUCAGAGUGCAUACAUACAUCAUUAUUGCUCAUGAAAGCACGGGCCUCUGAAGCAUAGCAUAAGCUUACUUGAGCAAAACUUUUUUCUAGCAUUUAGCUUUGAGAUAGAUGCGACGGCCGAUUGGCGCUGUGAGCAGCGAGUCUGAGUCCAAGAC